AGUCCGGCGGUGUAAAGUCUGUCAGUAUGUCUUACGACGUCCCGUGCCGUGCCGGCGGUGUAAAGUCUGUUAGUACGUCUUACGACGUCCCGUGCCGUGCCGGCGGUGUAAAGUCUGUUAGUACGUCUUACGACGUCCCGUGCCGUGCCGGCGGUGUGAACUCUGUAAGUACGUCAUUCGACGCCCCGUGCCAGAACGGCGGUGUGAACUCGGUGCGUUCGGCAUUGCAAAUCAGAGACAUUCGUUUGCUCUUUCACCUCGCAAAUCGUUCGGCAACUCGUAUCUUUCAGCUACAUGUCAUCUCAUCUGCGUUCGGUAUUAACAUUUCUAGAGCUAAUCAAGCUCCUCAAUCCACUCUGGAUUCAAAGAUCGAGCUUGUAGAGCUAAUACCGUCUUAAGUACAAUCACAGUA